AGCUGCAGUCGCCGGUUAUGACGACUCCCUCAGCCCGAGCCGCCGCCGCCGCCGCCGCCGCCGCCGCCGCCGCCGCCUCCUCCGCAGCCCCGGCUUCCCAGGCUCCAGAUUUUAGAUACCUGAAACAUCACAGCAACUUCUGGGUGGUUCUGAGGAUUAAAGAGGUUUGGAGGUUGCUAUGUUCAUGCUGCUUGUCUUUGGAGCAUUGCUUCCUGAGGUCCCCCUGAGUGGCCAAGACAAGGCUCCUCCCCAGGCCAAUGGCAUUCCAGCCACCCCUCUGUUCAACUAUGCCAGCCUCCGCCUGCCGGAAGAGCAUAUUCCCUUCUUUUUGCACAAUAAUAGGCAUAUUGCCACAGUCUGCAGGAAAGACUCACAUUGUCCUUAUAAGAAAUACUUAGAAAACUUGAAAUACUGCUGGGGUUAUGAGAAAUCCUGCAGACCAGAGUUCAGAUUUGGUUACCCUGUUUGCAGCUAUGUGGAUAUGGGAUGGACGGACACUCUUGAAUCAGCCCAGGAAAUAUUCUGGAAGCAAGCUGACUUUGGAUACGCCGGAGAGCGUCUGGAGGAGCUCCAUGUGCUCUGCCAGCCGAAGGAAAAGAAUGACUCAAGUCUGGUGUGUUCCCGUUACCUUCAGUACUGCAGAGCCACCAAUAUCUACCUUGAUUUAAGAAACAUCAAGAGAAACCAUGACAGAUUCAAGGAAGAUUUUGUCCAUAGUGGGGAAAUUGGAGGACACUGUAAACUUGACAUUCGUUCAUUGAUGUCUCAAGGUCAGCGCAAAAGCCCUCUGCAGUCUUGGUUUGCGGAGCUACAGAGCUACACUGAGCUCAACUUCAGACCUGUAGAAGAUGCUCAGUGUGACAUUGUUAUUGAAAAACCAACCUACUUCAUGAAACUAGAUGCAGGUGUUAACAUGUAUCACCACUUCUGUGAUUUCAUCAAUCUUUACAUUACCCAGCAUGUUAACAAUUCCUUUAGCACAGACGUGUACGUUGUGAUGUGGGACACGAGCUCCUAUGGAUAUGGUGACCUAUUCUCCGACACGUGGAAAGCAUUUACUGAUUAUGAUGUUAUACAUUUGAAAACUUAUGACUCCAAAAGGGUAUGUUUUAAAGAAGCUAUUUUUUCCUUACUUCCUCGGAUGAGAUACGGGCUGUUCUAUAACACCCCUCUGAUCUCUGGGUGUCAAAAUACUGGGUUAUUCAGAGCAUUUUCCCAGCAUGUACUGCACAGACUGAACAUCACACAAGAGGGUCCCAAGGGUGGAAAAAUUCGAGUGACCAUUCUCGCACGGAGCACAGAGUAUCGGAAAAUACUGAACCAAAAUGAGCUUGUAAAUGCACUGAAAACAGUAUCUACAUUUGAGGUCCAGAUUGUUGAUUAUAAGUAUAAGGAACUUGGGUUUUUAGAUCAGCUGAGAAUCACGCAUAACACAGACAUAUUUAUUGGAAUGCAUGGAGCUGGUCUUACCCAUUUGCUUUUCCUUCCAGACUGGGCUGCGGUGUUUGAACUGUACAACUGUGGAGAUGAACGUUGUUACUUGGACCUGGCUAGGCUGAGAGGUGUCCACUACAUCACUUGGCGAAGGCAGAACAAAGUCUUUCCUCAAGAUAAGGGCCACCACCCAACUCUGGGGGAGCAUCCAAAGUUUACCAACUAUUCUUUUGAUGUCGAAGAAUUUAUGUACCUUGUCCUUCAGGCUGCAGAUCAUGUAUUGCAACACCCAAAGUGGCCAUUUAAGAAAAAACAUGAUGAGCUAUAAAUCUGUUGAGUCUUUUUGCCAAAAGGGAGUUUUUGAGCAGUCCUGCACCCAGACUUACUUCACAGUUAAAUAGGUAAAACAGCCUGUUAUCUCCUAGCCCCAAAUCACCUUUUUUUUUUAAAAAAAAACAAAAGCCAAUACAAUGCCUUCAGGAUAUUACUUACGUCUUUUAUAGCUUUUAAGUGUUUUGUUUGAUUUUUGUGUUAUUGCUAUUUAUCAAGAUACUAUUUUUGCACUGAAAACUUUACUUUUUAUAGUUCAGAAAUUGGGCCUGGGCUCACUGGGAUCAUUGAGCUUUUUUCUUAGGGAUGCCAAAGUUUGCAACUUUCUUAGUUUUAGAAAUUGUAAGUGUUUUUGUAGAAUACCAUGAGAUCAUCAUUUUAGAGGCUUCCAAUUUGAUAAUGAUAUAUUUAAGUAAAAUCACAACUCAUUUCUUUGCCAUAGUUUGUUCAUAGCACUGUUCAUAGUUGGACAGGAAAACAUGCAAUGUACACACACACACUACUGUUCAUAGUUGGAAAGGAAAACAUGCAACACACCCAUGCGUGCACGCACACGCACACACACACACACACACACACACACACACACGGUUGUGGUUUUUAGGACCAAGCUAUAGGACUGUGUUAUAGAUCAAACAGUAUUAUAAAUAGAUCUGUUUUAUUCUUAUCAGAGUCCAAACUUCGUCCCAAUGAAUUCUCUGUUAUAUCCUUAUAGUCAACGCCAGGUUAUAGUCAUCCAGAACCUGAAUAAAUCAUGCUGUUUCCUUAAGUCAUAUUCAUAUAUUUCAUAUGCAAAUCAUGUUUUCCCCACAUGUAGCAACCACAUAUGAUAAAAACAAAUGAGAACGUUCUUUAGAACGGUUUUAUGUAUCUUCUAGCUGGUUCCCACCGGCUCCUUCUUAGCUGUGGAGAGCAUUUAUGUAUGAAACAGUGGUUUCAUUGUGCACAUAUUUGUAAGUGCAUAUACCUGUGUGUAUCCAUCUACCUCUUUUAGCAUGGAACUAUUACAGUGUUUGAUUUUGCAAACUUCAGGUUAGCCACAAGUAGAGAGUUUUUUUCCCCUAUAAAAAAAGUAAAGGCAAAAAAGGGUAAAGACACACGUGAAUUAGUCAGUUCAAAAUGAAUAAGAAGCCAUAGGAAAGUGUCAUAGAUUAAAAAGGGUAUCUGACAGCCACCCCUACUCCCUCAAUGAGAUUCACUUCUUACUGUUUAUGAACCUUCAAUUUAGUGGUUGGAAACCACGGAUUUAUUUUAUUGCAGAAUGUGAAGUUUACAUUUUAUUAACACUGAGUAAUCUCAUGUAGAGACUAGCAACUUCUAUUUUUUUAAGUAAGGAAUUAACGAAGUACAGUAAAGCUAAAUUUUUAUGUUUUAGAGUAGUUAAAAGAAAAAAGAAUAUACAGCAGACAAGUGACCUGAGAAUCCUAAAAUAUUUAUUAUCUGGACCUUUACAGAACACAUUUGCUGACUCCUGCUUUAAAGGAUUAUCAACAGUCUUCUAGAGUUUAGGAAUAUUUAUUAAAAUAUCUGUAAAUGAAUUAAUGAAUCACUAUAGCAGUAGCUUUGAUUUGAGACCUUUACAAUAUUUAAAAAGAUUUACAACAUGACUUUUGAAAUGAUUGGUGUUGCUGCUGUUCUUUGUCCAAAAUACCGAGUAUCCACUGAGAAGAUCAUUCACAUGAAAGGAAUUGUCAAGGCUAUGUUGCAUGUUUAGUCAGAGAGGCAGAAACAUCUAAAAAAAAUGGCCUGGAAAAAAAAGGUUUCAGCAUUUAUCUUCUUACCUCAUUUUAAGAAGUGUUUGGCAAUGUGAUUCUGUAGAUGAGCAAGAAUUUUAGACAUUGAAAACAAUUUCAUAAUAAAAUGUUAUAUUUGCAUAUUUCACAAAGAAACAGUAUGUUUUAUAGAAAUGAGAAAAUACACUAGGUACUUUAUGUAAUUCACUUUUAUCAGACUUUCUUUUUGAUGGGAGCAAAAGAAGGUCUUCAAAUUGUUAUAAAAUUUAAAAUGUUAAGACUGCUCUUUUUAUUAAGUCUUUGAAAGAGAUGCAUGUCAUUGUUUGUACAUUUGGGAUAUGGCUUUAGAAUAAAUCUUUUUAUAUUUUAUUUGAA